GGAGGCUCAGCCUGAGGCGCCUCAUUCUUGGGCCUGGCAGUUGGGGAUUGUAGCUGCAGAGGGGAGUCUGGUGGUCGUAAGGCGAGGAGACCCUCCCCACACACACACACCCCCCCCGCCCAUGGGGGGGGCCAUGACUGGACUACAGUAGAGACAUCAUUUCUGAAUCUGUAAAUAUAUGAAAAGCUAAGUUCACAGAUUAUGCCUACAUAGAAGAUUUUCAAAACAGUUGGACUGAAUGCAUUAUUGCUGAGCCAGUCACUCAGGUAUCCUAGCUGUCUUGAUUGCUAUGGGAGAUUGGAAGACUAUUACAGUGCCAAUUCCAUCAUCAGAAAGCAAAAAUAUUUCUCAGUUUACCUCAGAAACCAAUAUGUCUCCUUCAAGUUUAUACUCACAGCAAGUUCUGUGUCCUUCACUACCUUUGGCAAAGAGCGUGCACAAUUUUUUCAGGGCUUUCUGCACAGAAGAGAAUGUUGACCAGAGUAUAUCCUAUCUUGAUCAGGAGCUGACUACUUUAGGUUUUCCUUCAUUAUAUGAAGAAUCCAAAGGUAAAGAGGUUAAAAGAGACUUAAAUAUAGUUGCAGUUUUAAAUUGUAUCCAAGAACUACUUGUACUUCAUCGAAAGAACCUCCUAGCUCAGGAAAAUGUGGAAACACAGAAUUUGAAACUGGGAAGUGAUAUGGAACAUCUGCAAAACUGCUAUUCCAAACUGAAGGAACAACUAGAAACAUCUAGGAGGGAAAUGAUUGGGCUUCAGGAGAGAGACAGACAGCUACAAGGCAAGAACAGAAACUUGCACCAGUUACUUAAAAAUGAGAAGGAUGAGGUACAAAAAUUACAGAAUAUCAUUGCGAGUCGGGCAACUCAGUAUAAUCAUGAUAUGAAGAGAAAAGAGCGCGAAUAUAACAAGCUAAAGGAACGUCUUCAUCAACUUGUUAUGAAUAAAAAGGAUAAAAAAGCAGCUAUGGAUAUUUUAAAUUAUGUGGGGAGAGCAGAUGGAAAGAGAGGUGCCUGGAGAACUGGCAAAACUGAAGCUAGGAAUGAAGAUGAAAUGUAUAAAGUUCUGUUGAGUGACUAUGAACAACGCCAGAAGCAAAUUCUAUUGGAAAAUGCUGAACUCAAGAAAGUCCUUCAGCAAAUGAAAAAGGAAAUGAUUUCUCUUCUGACACCACAAAAGCAAAAACCUAAAGAAAAAACUGAGGACAUUCCUGGGACUGUCCUGUCGGAUGUUGAAGAAGAUACUGCAGAACUAAGUAAAGAAAAUAUGUGGGAACUCUCCUGUGAAACUGUGAGAGAGCAGCUUACUAAUAGCAUUAGAAAACAGUGGAGAAUUCUGAAAAGUCAUGUUGAAAAACUUGAUAACCAAGUAUCAAAGGUACACUUAGGAGGCUUUAAGGAUGAAGAAGUUAUCUCAAGACAGGAUCAUGAACAAGAAACUGAAAAACUGGAGUUGGAAAUUCAGCAGUGCAAAGAAAUGAUCCAGACUCAGCAACAACUUUUACAGCAGCAGUUCACCGCUACAUGUGAUGAUGACACCUCCUCAUUAUUACAAGACUGUUAUUUAUUGGAAGAAAAAGAACGUCUUGAAGAAGAAUGGGCCUUAUUUAAAGAACAAAAAAAGAACUUUGAGAAAGAAAGACGGAGUUUUACAGAAGCUGCAAUCCGACUAGGACUAGAGAGGAAGGCCUUUGAAGAAGACCGAGCUGGUUGGCUAAAGCAACAGUUCUUAAAUAUGACUUCUUUUGACAGUAAGAACUCAGAAAAUGGGAAACCUCAAAGUGCCUUUUCAGGAAGUUCUGAUCAGGACAAUCUAACACUGCACUCCAAGCCUGGACAAAAAUCUUGUUCUGUGUCUAGCGGGUCUUCAGUACGCGCAUCUAAACUCACUAAAUCUCUGCCUGUUUCCCCUUCUGCUUCAGAGCUUUUCCAGACAAUUCGCCAUAUGUCAGAAAAUAGUUCAAGCAGUGUACUGAACGUAGCUGUAGAAGACACUAAACCAAAUCAGGUUGGAAGGGAAUGUCCAGCUCAGAAAUGGAGCGUGGCAUCGAGAUCAGACUCGCAGGAAGGAGGCUGUUCUGGUUCGCGAUCUUUGGCCUGUACAGAUUGGUCCAUAGAGCAUGGAGAUGGCUUACCAUAGGCAUACUGUGUGGAAUGGGCUUAGUUAAGUUAAUGUGUUCCUAAAUUCUCUUGUCUAAGAUGCAAAGUGGGAUAAACUUGAUUAUAUUCCAUGAUUUUAAGGAAAGUCUUCUGAGUUGUGUGUUCUGACUUCUUUAUCCUCUAUUCCCCAAAGAAGUGAAAUGUUGUCUAUUGAAAAAGAUACAAAAGCUUUGGAUUUUUAGUAACAGAAGCUUCUGGUUCUGUGAAUAAAGGAAUGUAGGGACAUUUCAAAUGGAAAUUGAAGCACUAGAAAGAACGUUUGUUUUUAUAGAUAUAAAAAGUAGCACUUUUAGGAUACCAGUUAUUGUAAAUGUUUAAUUUUGUCUCAAGUGUAACUGGCAUUGGAAGUUUUGCCUUUACUUGAAUGUACAAUGUAGAUUUUUAACAAAGCAAGCUCUAUAUUUAUUACGUCUUGUGUGAUUUGAAAUUGCCUCUUUCAUAUGUUUUAAAUUGAGAUUUAUGUAU